AUGAGGAAGCUAGGGAGAAAGGAGGGUAUAGGGACCACAAUACAAUUGCUUACACUCAGCUCUAGAUUGCAUAGAAAAUUCAACUUCCAUUUCCAACAGUUCUCUCAGCACACUAAGCCCAUCCUUCCAUUACUCCUGCCUUCCUUCUUCCCUUCCUCCGGAGGAGUCUGGGAGGCGGCACCGCAGGGGACAGAGGGACGGACGCGCUCGAAGGCCAACGCGGAGGCCGCGAUACUGGCGCUGCCCCGCCUGCUGCUUUUGGCUGCCGGCUGCCUGGCAGCGCUCUGCGUGACGAGCGCGGCUCAGAACACCACGCUGGCCCCGAACGUGACUACACCCUUGGCUUUACCGACUACCACCAGGACAGCCCCAGUGGCCGCCGCUCCGCCGGGCACCACUCCAGCACCAGAAAUCUCUGAAAGCCGCAACAACAGGGUUUCCUGUUUUGAUGCUAAUGCUGCUAACACUACCUGCUUUUGGAUAAAAUGCAAAGGUAAAGGCUACUGUUCAGAUAAUUCAGCAGUUCGUGAUUGCAAGGCGGUGAACAGCACAGAAUUCUGUCCUGCGUCCACUGCCACACCAUUGCCAACCAACUCUACAGCUAAAACCACAACUCUGCCUUCCUCUUCUACAGCUUCCACCACAACUACUACAUCAGGUACAACUGAUACCUCUUUAACUCCGACUUCACAACCUGCGCGGAAGUCUACCUUUGAUGCAGCCAGUUUCAUUGGAGGAAUUGUCCUUGUCUUGGAAAACAGAUGCCACACACGGAAUUACAUUCCAGAUUUAAAGAAAAAAUCAAUGGAAAGGAUACAAAACAAAGUGUAG